UACCUAAUAAAACAACCAGCUCGCAUCCAGCCAUAUUUUCGUUCCCACCCGUCAGUCCGUCACCCCUAGCCUACACGAUUCCUUUCCUCUGUCCGCUCCUCCUCUUGUAUCUCAAUCAGCCUCUCACAGUCUCCGAGAUUGAGUUGCUUUGCUGGUUCGUUGUCGGCUGUCGCGCUCCAGUCCUCUGUCGAUCACUGUUGAAGAAGAUCCGUCGUCCACUCUCUUUACUGGUUCAGCUUGUAUUGGUGCCGUUGUUGUCGCCGCCUGCUCUCGACCGUUGCCGUCUUCUCCUCUGUCCCAGACCACAAAUCAGUCGGCACUCCCCUUGCCGUCUUCUCCUCUGUUGCUGUAAGAGAAAAUCAAUUGUUGGACAUUGGAGGAAAAUUUCUUUGAGAUGCAAUCACUGCUUCGAGUAUCAAUAGCAUUGUCGAGCAAAACCAACCACCAGUUCAUACAAUGCAAAUUCAGGCCUCUCUCUUACUCGCUAAACCACUCAACAACAGCAACUUCCAAAAUUUCAUUGCCCGAUAGAGAUUAUAGCGCCAAUUCCAAUCUCGCACGAUCCAAUUGGCUUAUUACGAGGCUCUGCAAAGAAGGGAAAAUCAAUGAAGCACGCCAAUUGUUUGAUAAAAUGCGUGAAAAAGAUGUGGUUACAUGGACAACUAUGAUCACUGGGUAUAUUAAAUGCGGGCUGCUUGUUGAAGCAAGGAGGUUGUUUGACAGAGUUGAUGCGAUGAAAAAUGUGGUCACAUGGACUGCUAUGGUUAGUGGGUAUACGUUACGGAAUCGGAUUUUUGAAGCCAAGAGGUUGUUUGAGGCAAUGCCCGUGAAGAAUGUUGUUUCGUGGAAUACCAUGAUUGAUGGGUAUGCUCAAAAUGGGGAAGUGGAUAAGGCUCUUGAGGUAUUUGAGAGGAUGCCUGAGAGGAAUGUGGUUUCGUGGAACACACUGAUCACAGCUUUGGCACAAUCUGGGAGGGUGGAAGAGGCGAGAAGAUUGUUUGAUGAAAUGCCUAAAAGAGAUGUUAUUUCGUGGACGGCAAUGGUCGCAGGAUUGGCCAAGAAUGGGAGGGUUGAUGAGGCUAGGGAGGUUUUUGAGAAGAUGCCAGAGAGAAAUGUGGUGUCAUGGAAUACAAUGAUUACUGGGUAUGCGAAGAAUAAGAGGUUGGAUGAGGCUUUUGAGUUGUUUAAGAAAAUGCCCAAAAGGGAUCUGCCCUCGUGGAAUACCAUGAUCACAGGCUUUAUUCAGAAUGGGGAGCUAAGGAAGGCAAGGGCUGCGUUCAAUGAGAUGCCUGAAAAGAAUGUUGUGUCAUGGACUACAAUGAUUACUGGGUAUGUCCAAGAGCGGGAAAGUGAAGAAGCAUUGAAGAUCUUUAUGGAAAUGAUAAGGGAGGGUCAAGUCAAGCCUAACGAGGGAACUUUCGUGAACGUUUUGAGUGCUUGCAGUGACUUGGCUGGUCUUGGUGAGGGACAUCAAGUUCAUCAAAUGAUAAGUAAAACUGCCUAUCAGGAUAUGGCAUUCAUUGUAUCUGCACUCAUAAAUAUGUAUUCAAAAUGUGGGGAAUUGAGUUCAGCAAGGAAGAUUUUUGAUGAUGGAGUGACUAGCCAGAAGGAUUUAGUUUCUUGGAAUUGUAUGAUUGCAGCCUAUGCACAUCACGGGUGUGGAAAGGAAGCAAUUGAACUGUUUAACAAAAUGCGAUGUCUAGGGUUUAAACCUGAUGAUGUGAGCUAUGUUGGGUUGCUUUCUGCAUGUAGCCAUGCUGGUUUGGUAGAGGAUGGAUUAUCGUACUUUGAUGAGCUUAUUAAAGACGGGUCCCUACAAGUAAGAGAAGAUCAUUACACAUGUUUGGUUGAUCUUUGUGGUCGGGCAGGGAGGCUCAAGGAAGCCUUUCACUUAAUUAAGCAACUUGGAAUCAAGUCAUCAUCAUCCAUUUGGGGGGCCCUUCUUGCUGGAUGUAAUGUCUAUGGAGAUCUGAAGAUAGGGAAGCUAGCUGCAGUAGAACUGUUAAAGGAAGAGCCACAGAAUGCAGGCACUUAUCUAUUGUUGUCUAACAUAUAUGCUUCGUGUGGGAAAUGGAGAGAAGCUGCAAGAGUGAGAUUGAAAAUGAAGGACAAAGGAUUGAAAAAGCAGCCUGGUUGCAGUUGGAUUGAAGUUGGGAAUAGAGUUCAUGUGUUUUUAGCUCGUGACAAGUCUCAUUAUCAGUCAAAUCUUAUUUAUUCAUUACUCCAUGAUCUUAAUACGAAAAUGAAGAAGACAUGGUAUGUAUCAGACAACAAUUUCAUAGUGGAUGGGGAUUUUCUUAUAAUGUAGGUUUAUUUUCAUUUAUUUAUUGAUGCUAAAGUCCAUAGGUAACAAAAAAAUUUUGAUAUUUAAGCUGAAGGAUUCAUGUUGUAGUUGGCCAUUUUCAUUGAUUAAGAAACAUGAUAAAUGUUGAUCAGCUGAUAGCUUAAAAGGGGAAUAAAAAAUAAUGAAGUCCUUCAGUAAUGUAUACCAUGGCAUUUUGAUGUCAUAAAGUAUUUGUGUUUUUAAUAUCUUAGGAAUGGUGAAAAUAAAGAAGGAAAGCAAACCAAUCACAGUCCUUUUCUUUUGGCAAGUUAACGGAAGUAGUGUGCUUUCUCAUGGUAUAGUGCUAUAGACUCCAUGUUCAGUUUUCCUUCAUGGAAAGAUCACCAAAUAAUAAAUGAAAACCUGGCUGAGUUUUUUUUUUUUUAAGAAUUGUUUAUGAUUCCUCAAACAAUUAAAACCUUUUCUUUUUUCACUAGGGUUUCCUAUAUUUAGAAGCAACUUAAAUACGCUGUACAAUGGAAAAUUAAUACCAAAAAACAGAGAGAAGGUGCAUUCACAAGUAAGCCAUUCAAAUAUAAAUUGUUUAAAUCCUUGCAUAAUCUCUCUCUCUUUCUCUCUCAAGGUAUUGCUAUUUUCUUUUGGCUCGUCCUCUUUUCAUCGUUUGGCUAUUGAAUUUGAUGAUUAUUGAUUAUGUUUUGGUUGUCUACUUGAUAACAUCUUAUUAUCCGAGGUUUUUAUUUAUUCUCCAGUUGUUUUGUUGUUUAAUCUUGAUUUGUUAUCAUCGAUCCUCUUUGUGAUCAUAGAUCCUGCGCUAUAACAUCUAUUUACGUAUCUUGAUUUAUGUCUUUAAGAUUUAUUGAUGAUUGAUUUUAAGGAUUGAUCUUUCUUUUGAAUUGGCUUUGGCUUUUUCUC